CUUAGUAAAGAGGCUCCAAGCUUCACCUGCUGCCUGGUCUUCCUGACAGGAGAAGGAGAAGUAGGGCACUCGGAGGAAGGAUUUCUCCCCCGGUUACCUCGCAGGGCUCAUUGGGAGGCUGAUAAUGAAGUGGAAUAUAAUGUUUUACGUUUCAGUGUGGAUGGUUUGGAUUUACUUCGCUCCGAUUUGUCACACGUCUCAGAAACAUCUAAAACAUUGGCAUGACGGUCAGGCUCGGAUCCAUCAGAAGAGACAAAGCACAAAAAGGUUAUGUCAUACUUUCAAAAACCAGACAGCAGUUGGCACUCAGAAGUGCAGCUCUGGCUUCUACAGAGAGUGGGCAGGAUCGUACAAGGCUCGGUGUGUGCCAUGCAGCUGCAAUGGGCUGUCCAAUGAGUGUGAUGAACGAACAGGGAGCUGUUUGAACUGUCUGUUCGACACCACCGGGGAUCGAUGUGAACGCUGUAAAGAGGGUUACUAUGGAAACCCUGCCAAUAGGACCUGCCGUGCCUGUCCAUGUCCCUUUAGGCAAAACAAUUUUGCACUGGCCUGCAUGGAGACCAGCUCCGGAGAGGUCGAGUGUUUGUGUAAACAAGGUUAUAUUGGGGCCAGAUGUGAAAGAUGUGCAUUUGGUUACUACGGGAAUCCAGGGGUCCACGGGGGCACGUGCAAGCGUUGCAACUGUAAAGACAACUCUAGUGCUUGUGAUUCUGUGACUGGAGAGUGCAUCACAUGUCACGACAGCAGCUGUGUUAACUGCCGGGAACGUGACAGCUGCUCCUCCUCUCUGCUGGGUGACUUGGAGGAGAUGGAUGCCGGCCUGGCUCGGCUGAAGCUGCACAACAUCAGUCACAACAACUCUGCUUCAUGGACCAGGCUGAGUCGCCUGCAGGAAAACAUUUCUUCAGCUGUUUUACAGCAGGUUCAGGUUCACACAGCUGGGAUAUAUCUGGAUCUAGUGGCCGGCCAGCUGGAAGCAGAUGUCCUUUUGGUCAGAAAUGACUUAAGUCAACUGAGGGACAAGACACUUAACUUAACAUCAGGUGUGGAGAAGGUUUGGUCGUUUGCAAAUGGGGUCGAGGUCCAGGAGCUGCUCUCUGAAGUGGAAGGUCUCCUCUCAGCGGUACAAAGGCAGCAAACUGAAAUGGAGCUUGAAGAGUCUGGUUCUGUCUCUGAAACGGACCGAGGAAAGAUGAUGGAAGAGGCUCACCAAUCCGUGCAGGAAGCUCGAGAGCACGACUGCACAACUCCAAGAGACCAAGCGCGCCGGGAGCAGGAAGGAGCCCACAGAUUGUUAAACCUGAUCAGACACAACGUUAGAGGUCCUGCAGAAACACUGCGGGCCAGCCUGCAUCAGACCACAGACUCGCUGAUGGCCUCAGCCUCUUCUGUGAGAGAAGCGGCUGAGCUGCUGCUCUCUGCACGGGACGCAGUCAACAGAACCAUGGACCUUAACCUAAAGAGUUUCACUCUCCUACGACAUCUGCAGCGUGUUGCAGCUCAGCUGGAGACAGAACAAAGGAGGCUCCACUCUUCAACCAGCAUGACUCGGGACCUGCUCAACAACAUUACCGGCGCCUUUGCGACACUCAGAGAAAUCAAAGAAGAAUAUGAGAAUCAUGCAGCUCAGUUGGAUGGUGCUAAACGAGAACUCUUCAAAAGGUCAAACAACUUCUUCCAAAGUCUGGUGAAGAUGGAUGCAGUAACCAAGGCUGAGGAGCACACAGAGGAACUCAACAGUGUGGCAUCAGAGUUACAACAAGCGCUUCAUAAUGCCAACAGCACUGAGCUGCUCAGGAUCCAGGGUGUUGCAUCUCAUAGCAGCCUCGUUACGGCCCUGGAGACGGCAGAGUUGGCAGCAAAUCAGUCCAGAGUGGCUGCUGAUCAAACUUUAAAGGAUGCAAAGGAGGAAGGUUUGUUCAUCAGCGCUGGGGAGAUGAAAGACAAUUCAUCUUAUUUAUGCACUGAAGCCAACGACACUCGAGACCAGUUCAAAAUGCUGUCGCGCGCUGUAGACACUAGAAAGGACAGUGUUAAUGAGCGAAUGGAACAACAGGAAUCACUGAAAGUCAACAUUUCAGCGGUUGGUGAUGACGUCAAAAAGAUCAAAAGAGAUGAUGUCGAGAUCAUGACAGAGUCUGCGAAAAAAGCUGCAUCUGCUGUUAACUCCAGAGUGAGUGAUGUAAAAGAGCGACUGAGGAAUAUCAGCCUUGAAUUGGAAAGAAAAACUCCCACCAACGUCAGUGUGAAUAUAAACCACCUGCUGAGUGAUGCACAGCAAGCUUUGAAAAACUUUAAUAGGAAGCUCCCUGUGCUGAGCAACAAGCUCGAACAGAUGUCAGCGCUCACUAAACAGACGUCUCCGACUGCCAACAUGAUGGAGAGCAUCAGGAGAAUCAAGGAUCUGAUAGAUGAGACGAGAAGCUUUGUGAACAGGCUCUCCAUUGCCACGACUUUUAAUGGAAGGGGCCACAUUGAGCUCCAUCCUCCAAGAAACCUCGAUGACAUAAAAGCAUUUACAGCUGUGGAUCUCCUCCUCAAUCGACAUCAGGCCAAACCUUCAGAGUCCGACGGCAGACUGAAGCGACGGCGCAGACACAGAGAUGCCGACCUCUUUGUCUUCUACUUGGGUGACAAGAACUCUUCCGGGGACUACAUCGGGAUGGCUGUCAGAAACACAGUGUUGAUUUGUGUCUAUAAGUUGGGUGGAGUGGUUCAUGAGGUGGAAAGCGGCCACAUAACAACCACGACUGUGAACUCCUCUGAUUUUGACAGGGUUGUCUUCCACAGAGUUUACCAAGAUGCUGAAGUUAAUCUCACACAACACUUCACAUCACAGAAACCCUUCAGCCUCCCUCCUAAACGUCACCUCCCAAACACCACGAGCGGCGUCCUCAGCCUGGACCCAGACACUGUUGUUUUCUACGUGGGGGGUUAUCCUGAGGACUUCACUCCUCCAGAGGAGCUGCAUUACCCGAAGUACAGAGGAGCUAUGAGACUCUCCUACAUCAACGACAAGCCCGUCUGCCUGUUCAACUACAAGCAUGCAGUCAAUAUGGGUGUAAAGCAGCCGGCUGUUAAAAUCCCCCAGACAGAGGUGUCUGAUUAUUACCAGGGAACAGGUUACCGCAUGGCUUAUGUAAAGGAGCCAGGCAAGAAAAAGAGACGACUGAUCAAAUUUCACACGAAGAGUCGAGAGACAGAUGCCCUGUUAUUCUGCAUCGGGAGCGAAGAGUCUUUUUGGUGUUUAUUUGUGGAGCGAGGCCUCCUGGUGCUUCAGGGACAACAAGAAAAUCGAAAGCUCAGAGUUGAGAGUCCAGACAGAAUAUCUCUGUUUGACAAACAGUUUGCAAUCAUAAUUGCAAAAACAUUUUCUGUGUACUAUGGAUCAAAGCAGAUCUCUGCAGAUCAUAUUCAGACAAACUACGCAAGGUAUUACAUCGGAGGUCUGCCGGCAGAGCUCAGACAGAGACACAACGUCAACGCACCGCCACUCAGAGGAUGUGUGGCUCACGUGACAGAAGAUGCAGAGAUCACUGAGUACAAAAGGACAGUUGGUGUCAGUCGUGGAUGUCCAUUGUCCCUACUGGGUGUUCGUGCGGCUACGCUGUACUCAGCUCUGUCGGUUGACUCCUUGUUUGUCCGGCAUGGACAUCCUGAGAGGGUCUCUCUGGGCUUCAGGAGCACGGACAGGCAUGCGGUUCUCCUGCAGACCAGCUCUCAGGGUUCCACUUCGGCGCCGGACCUCCAGCUGUCCCUGAUUGAUGGAUGCAUACUUUUCCAGAAUUAUAAUUACUCUCUGAUGUCAGAUCAAAGGUAUAAUGAUGGAGUUUGGCACUACGUGUCUGCAGUUGGGAGGCCGGCAGGGUUGGAGCUCAGCGUUGACAAUGUGAAUGUGAUUCAGAGACAAUCACCACAUAUCAGACGGAAAGGAGGGAAAUUCAGAAGCUGUGUUGCAGACAUUUAUGUGAGGCCUGGAGACACGUUUACCCCGGCUGAUCUUAGCGUGUUAUCACACAUGGCAGACGUGCUCCCCGGUCAGUGCAGUCUUCACCCCUCCACACACAGCGAGCUUCUACCUGCAGACAUGCAGGGAACACAACAGGUGCACAAACCUACUCCAGAAGGCGGCUGGUGCAGACGUCUGCAAUCAGGGAGUGAAUACCGGCUCACCGCGGCGGACAGCUGGCUCAGUUACACCUUACCACAACAGGAUCUUAAUCAUAGGCCUCACUUCUCCCUCGACAUCAAGACCGAGUCGUCCAAAGGCCUGAUCUUCCACGCAGCAGGGAGGGGGGCUGUUCCCGUGCUGGCUCUGUACAUGGCUAACGGUAAAAUCAGGUUGUCGCUCGGGCACAGCAGAGUCAUCCAGCACAGACAGAGGAGCAACGACGGGAACUGGCACAGAGUUAAGUUUAGCGUGGAGAAGAGCUAUUUUCAUCUGUUGAUUGAUGGUUUCCGUGUGACUGACGGUCACUUACCCGGCAACGAGGGAUCCUCUUUACAGCUGCACAACCCUGUUUACCUGGGAGGCGAUCCGAAGAGGCGGAGCACUAAAGUACACGACAUCCCCAUGGACAGCAUUAUAGGUUGUAUACGGGAUCUGAAGAUGAACGAGGUCGCUGUGAGCGAGCCUGACUCCAGCCACAAAACCUUACCCUGCUCCGGGGGGCUCACAGAGAUGGGGACAUACUUUGGCGGCGGUCACGUUGUCUUAGAUCCUUUUUUCGCCCUUGGUUCGUACUUUGUGUUGUCCUUUGAGGUGCGUCCUCAACACCCAGAAGGGCUCCUCUUCCAUUUUCAAAGAGACAAUCAAAGCAGCCUUAAUGUGUACCUAAUGGAAAACAAGGUGGGUGUCAUGCUGGAUGAUGGUGCUGUCAGUGUCUCAGUGAUGCCUCACAAAAGCCUCUGUGAUGGAAAAUUUCACGCGGUUACAGUUUCCAGAAAUUAUGCAGUCGUCAAACUAGAGGUGGACUCCACAUAUGAGGAGACGGCAGCCUCUUUAGCAUCUAAUUCUGACUCAGCAGCACAGCACUCGCUCUACGUCGGAGGUAAAACGGAUCAACAUGGAGUCGCUGUGUCGUUGCCAUUCGUAGGCUGUUUGAAAAAUGUGAGGUUUAAUGGGAGGCCUGUUGUAUUUGGGACAGAAUCCAGGGUGGUUGGCCUCGUCAGCAUCCACAGAUGCCCGUCACAGUAGUGACACGUGACAACCCCUUCACAGCAUCACACUGUUAGAUGUUGUGUGAACAUGUGAAAUUAAGUCAGAAUUAUAAUCAAAUUACGUUUUUCUUUAUUUUAAGAUAUAAAAAAACCCCAACUGUAUGAGUAUUUUUAUUGAUGUAAUAAACAACAGUUUUCUAUGUAUACACAAAGAUAGAGCAAAAGUUUGAUAUAUUUACCCUGGAAGAUAUUUUCCAAUUACUAUUGUUUUUUUAAAAUCUUAAAUGUAAUUUGCAUGUGGACAAUUGGAUAAAAUGUACACAAAAUAUCAAAUACAGACUAUGAAUGAAAUAUUGAUAUAGUGAGCCUGAUUGGCCCUCUGAAGUGCCCUUGUCCUGCCUCUGUCUGUCUUUUAUCCAAAAACGGCGAUGAGAUUACGGACGAUGUAAUACCAAGACCAAACAGUUGGGGGCGCUAAUUCGCCACGUAGGAUCCAGCCACAAAGGCAGGACUGGAGACUCAUGUCAGUCAGAGCUCAGGGAAGUUGGUUGGUGGGCCAAGUCACCAACUCCCAUGUUGGUUGUCAUUCAUGUCACUUACUGAAGUGCAAUCACUCAUGUGUCUGUCAAACAUUGACUUAAGAAGGAGCUGCUAGCAAUUAAUAAACUGUAAUUAACCACUUAACGGUAGCAAAAAAAUAAUAAUCUGAUUCUACUCCAUGUGCUUGGCUGCUCUACUGUAUGUGUUUUUUGUCUGAGAGAAAUGUUAAAUUGAUAUGGAAUUUGACUAUUUAAGAUUUUAAUCUAAGUGUUUUAACAAAGCAAUGUCGGUAAAUUGUAUAUACACCAAACCAAAAAAGGGGAAUGUGUGCAAGAAGGUUGAACAAAUUCUUGGCCCCUCUAAAGUCCUUGAUGCUUUUGAAUAAAGGUCAUCUUCUCUAA